AUGGAGGAUGCAAUUGAGCGAGUUCACCCAGGAUCGAGUUAUCCCUAUUCCUCAUACCAAGGAAAUAUGAAUAAGAAGAAGAACCCAUUGGUCUUCUUGGACGUAUCCAUCAAUGGGGAUCCUGUGGAAAGAAUUGCCAUUGAGUUGUUUGCUGAUGUUGUCCCCAGAACAGCUGAGAAUUUUAGGGCACUCUGCACAGGUGAGAAGGGUGUUGGAGCCUCAACAGGGAAACCUCUACACUACAAGGGGUCUAUUUUUCAUCGCAUAAUUAAAGGAUUUAUGGCACAAGGUGGUGACUUUUCAAAAGAAAAUGGCACUGGUGGAGAAAGUAUCUAUGGAGGGAAGUUUGCUGACGAAAACUUUAAGCUGGAUCAUAGUGGGCCUGGUUUUCUCUCCAUGGCAAAUGGUGGUCCGAACACAAAUGGUUCCCAGUUCUUCAUAACUUUUAAGCGCCAACCACAUCUUGAUGGAAAACAUGUUGUUUUUGGAAAGGUUGUGAAGGGAAUGGAUGUUGUUAAGAAAAUUGAACACGUAGGAACUGCUGAUGGUAAACCAUUGGGUUUGGUGAAAAUUGUGGACUCUGGUGAGACACCUGUGAGUAAAAUGCAUGAUUCGGUUGGAGCAGGGAAAGGGAAAAAGAAAAAACCAACAAAAGCUCUUUCAUCCGAUGAUAGUUCUGACAGUGAAGCAAAAGGGAAACGCCAUGCAUCUCGUAAGGAAAGGAGGAGAAAGAGAAGAAAGAGAUACUCUUCAUCUGAUUCAUACAGCUCUGAUACAGAUUCUGAUUCGGCUUCAUCUGAGACAGAUACUGAUUCGGAGUCUGAUUCAUAUUCUGAAUCAGAGUCUCAUUCUUCAAGUUCUUCCAGUGAUGGAAGACGGAGGAAGAAAAGGAAGUUGACCAAGAGAGGUAGACAUCAACAUGGGAAGAGAAAGGUUGGACGAAAGGAGAGGAGGAAAGUUAAACAUGAUAAAAAAUCAAGACGGAAGUCGAAAAGAACCUCAGGAAGUUCUAGUGAAACUGGCAGCAGCAGCUCUGACGAUGAAAAUGCCAUCAAGGACAAAUCUGCACAUAAAAGUAACAUAUCAGGCCAAGAAAUGAAGAAGCUAGCGCAAAUUCUUGGUUCAGAGAAGAAAUCUCCAACCCCUCUGUUAGGACAAGCUGUCACAGAGCAGAAAAAGGACGAUGAAAUGAAGUCAGAUGGCAGCUCAUCUCAUGAAGAGGGUGAAUUUUCUCCUAAGAAUGAUGAUAUUCUGAAAAAUGGUCAUGAAAAUGAAGCUGCCAACCAUGUUGAUCAAUCUGUCAAUUUGAGCAGAUCCAGGAGGCUGACGCCAAGUCCUAGAGGGAGGCCAAUGUCCAGUCAUCAAAGCACCCCGAGCAGAAGCCCAGAGAGAACGGUUCCGAGACUUGAAAAUAACCGUAAAAUUCCUAGAUCGUCUGGUCAGCCAAGCAGUAAAAGUCCAUCAAGGAGUCCUGCCCAUAAAGCUCCACCACCAUCCACUUCUAUUCAUGGUCGGGAUUUGUCUAGAAGCCGCUCUCCAAAUGGAACUCCAAAGCGUGUUAGGAAAGGGCGAGGCUUUACUGAACGAUAUGCCUUUGUUAGACGCUAUCGCACACCAUCUCCAGAACGUUCAAUGGAUAGAUCUUAUCCAUAUGGUGGAAGAAACAUUCAAAGGAACGACAGGUAUUCAAGCUACAGAGAUAAGUUCCAGCAUUCACCACAAAGACGAUACAGAAGCUCACCAAAAAGAGACAGGAGUCCACCCAGAUAUGAGCGCAAAAGAAGUCCUAGUAGGAGUCGUUCCCGAAGCCCUGGUCCAUACCGUGCCCGGAGAACACUUCGUAGCAGGAGCCCUGUGCGAAGUCCUAGCCCGACGGAUAGGCGCCCUGCAAUUAGUGGUAGACUAAAAUCUCGUCUUGGGCCGAAAGUGAAUGACCAAAUCCCUCAAAAUAGAGGUAGAUCUCUUUCACGCUCUAGGAGCCGUGGUUCAUCCGCAUCUGAAUCUUCAAAAAAGCGUCCAGGAAAGAAGGCAUCUGCUUCGCCUGGCAGUUCCAGAUCCAGUACCCCUGGUGGUCGAAGGGGUUUAGUCUCGUAUGAAGACUUGAGUCCAGAGAAUGGAACAAAUAAGUGA